AUGGUGUCCUCAUCAUCAUUUAUUAGCACUGAUCAAAAUGACGAUGAUGUGAAAUCUAUUGGAAUGAUAGGAUCUUUACUCUUUCUUACAACCAAUCGCCCUGGCAUCAUGUUUCCUACUAUAUUGUGUGCUCAUUAUCAAGCCGAUACUAAGGAAUCUCAUCUUCUUGUUGUGAAAAGGAUCUUUUGUUACUUAAAGCAUACACCUAAUAUUGGGUUAUGGUAUCCUCAUGAUUUUGAGAUCACGCUGGUAGGAUGCACCGACUUCCAUCAUGGUGGACAUGGGAUUGAUCGCAAAAUCACUUCAGGAGGAGCUCAAAUGAUUGGAAAUAGAUUGAUGAUACAUAAUCCAAUACAACAUUCCAAGACCAAGCAUCUUGACAUCCAUCAUCAUUUCAUCGAUGACACAGUUCAAAAGGGAAAAGUGGAGUUGUUCUAUGUCCCAUCCACUGAUUAG